AGACGCACAGUAAAACAAUGAAGAGACAAGCAUUUUGUGCACUGCUGCUGCUUGGAGUCCUGGGCAUUGCCUUGGCUGGCAAGCGCCCAAUAUCCGAUUGCGGGGAGCGUAUUGAGGAUGACGGCUAUCCUAUGGAGCGCCAUAAGGUGACCACAGAUGAUAGCUAUAUACUGACCAUGCAUCGUAUACCCUACUCCCCCAAGACGGGCGACACGGGCAAGCGUCCUGUGGCCUUUCUGAUGCAUGGCAUGUUGAGCUCCAGCUCGGAUUGGGUGUUGAUGGGUCCCGGCAAGGCUUUGGCCUACGUGCUGUCCGAUGCCGGCUAUGAUGUGUGGAUGGGCAAUGCUCGCGGUAAUACCUACUCCAAGGCUCACAAGUACUGGCCUACAUUCUGGCAGAUAUUCUGGAACUUCAGCUGGAAUGAGAUUGGCACAUAUGAUGUCCCCGCCAUGAUUGAUUAUGUGCUGGAGCAGACUGGUGAGGAGCAAGUGCAGUAUAUAGGCCACUCUCAGGGCACCACUGUCUAUCUGGUUAUGAUGUCUGAGCGUCCAGAAUACAAUGACAAGAUUAAGUCGGCGCAUUUGCUUGGUCCAGCUGCCUACAUGGACCACAUGAAGAGUCCUUUAACGCGUGCAUUUGCUCCCAUAAUGGGUCAGCCCAAUGCUAUGGUAGAGCUGUGUGGCUCUAUGGAGUUUAUGCCUAGCAACAAGUUCAAACAAGAUCUGGGCAUUGCGCAGUGCCAGGCUACCUCUCCCUAUGCGGACAUGUGCGCCAAUGAAAUCUUCUUGAUUGGUGGCUACGAUUCUGAGCAACUGGAUUACGAUCUGCUAGAACACAUUAAGGCUACUUCACCAGCUGGCGCUUCCGUUAAUCAAAACAUUCAUUUCUGUCAGGAGUUCAACUCUGGCAAGUUCCGUAAGUUUGAUUACUCUGUGGUGCGCAAUCCCGUUGAGUACGGCAGCUACUACCCACCCGAAUAUAAACUAAAGAACCUAAAGGCACCUGUGCUGCUCUAUUAUGGCGCCAAUGACUGGAUGUGCGAUCUGAAGGAUGUGCGCAAGCUGCGCGAUAAUCUGCCCAACAUGGCUUUGGACUAUCUGGUGCCAUUCGAAAAGUGGGCGCACUUGGAUUUCAUCUGGGGCACUGAAGCUAAGAAAUAUGUGUACGAUGAAGUUUUGAAGCAAAUGUUGACCUACGAAUAGAUCAAUUGUUUAUUGUACAAUAAAUUCGAGUAGAAGCUUUACUCCACUUGCACCUCCGC